AUGAAUGUUGAUGAUGCUACUACACUUUCCCACAAACGAAUUUCAUCAAUUGUUUUUUUCAGGUACGCUAACCAGCCGUUUGGAACAUGGAAGAAACUCGGAGUCAAAGGACCAUCUCCUUACCCAUUUGUAGGAAACAUACCAGAAAUGUUCGACGACCGAAUUGGUACCUGUGUUUCAAUUGCAAAGUGGCAAAAGCAAUAUGGACGCAUCUUUGGGGCGUACUUCUUCCGAGUGCCAGUGCUGAUAGUCACCGACCCAGAUUUCCUGAAGCAUAUUUUUGUGAAAGACUUUAACAACUUCACGGACAGGUUUUUUGCGGGCAAUAGAAAAUUACAACAGCGGAUCAUUAGGAAAGGGUUGUUCUUCGAAGUUGGGGCUGACUGGCAACGAAUUCGUCGUAUCAUGUCUCCAACUUUUAGCAGCGGGAAGCUUAGGUUGCUAACCCACUACAUGAACUUGACUGCGCAGCGACUGGGAGAAAAUCUGAAAAAUUUUGCUGCAAGCGGGACUCACGUUGAGGCCAAAAAGGUGUAUGGCGCCUUUACUCUUGACGUUAUUUGUGGAACCGCCUUUGGGCUUGACACCAACUCUCAGCAGAAUUUGGAAGCUCCGUUCAUUCAACAUGCCAAAAGUAUGCUGACAUUUGAAAAACACAUUCAGAUUAUACUUGGCUUAGCUGGUUCGUUUCCUGAACUAGCCUCACUCUUCGAAUUUCUUGACAUUGGGAUCUUCAAGAAAAAUGACGUGAAAUUCUUUGAAAAGAAUCUGGUGGCACUUAUCCAGGAAAGAAAAGCUCAUCCAGAAAGACAGAAAUGUACAGAUUUUCUACAGCUCCUUUUGGAAGCAGAAGCUGAUAAAACUCAUGAAUUUGUUGGGGAAAAGAAGUUAACAGCUGAAGAAAUAGCUGCACAAGGUAUUAUCUUUAUCAUGGCUGGCUACGAAACCACAUCGACAACGCUACAAUAUAUGAGCUACGAGCUGGCUAAAAACACAGACGUGCAAGCUAAGGUGAAAAACGAAAUAUCGAAAGUACUAGGCGAUACGACAGAGCCAGACUACGAUAAAUGCAAAAGUUUGAAGUAUACAGAAGCAGCAAUAAGUGAAACGUUGAGAAUGUAUCCUCCGGCGCAUCUGUUAUCUCGACUCGCAGAACGCGAGAUCAGCUUCAAAGACGUUAAGAUCCCAGCACAUACCGGGAUGAUAAUUCCCUUAUACAAUAUAGGCAGAGACCCAGAGUUCUUCGAGGAUCCCGAUUCUUUCAAGCCCGACAGAUUUCUGAACGAAAACAAAGCUAAAAUAAACCCCAUAACUUAUCUGCCCUUUGGCUUUGGCCCUCGCAAAUGCAUUGCAAUGCGACUGGCUAUAAUGGAACUGAAGAUUGCCAUUGUGCACAUACUGAGAGCUGUGGAAUUUGUGGGCGUCACGCCCGAGGUGCUGGACAUAGAGGACUUUACAGGCAUUCUAGUACCACGAAGUCCUAUCAAGCUACACGUUAGGGCAGUUAACUAG